GUCGCAGUCCUCCGCCGCCUCGCCGGGCCGCAGCUGGAGGAGCAGGAGGAAGAGGAGGAAAGGCCGCAGGGAGGAUGAAGAGGUGGAUGAAGGCAUUUUCAGAUCUAGGUGCAGCUGUGAUGGAGGGACUGAUGCUGCAGGUGGGAUCCUCUGCCUACAUGCAGUCGGCCUAUCAGAGUGAGGCACACCCGAAUGCAGGCGUGGGCCUUCAGGAAGAAGGCGAUGCCAAUAAGAGGAGUGCAUACUGUAAAGAUCUACUGAUAAGAGAAGGAGGAGAGGAGCUGAGCUUCGAGGAACUGCGAGCCGAGAGAUACAACCAGCGAAAACAGAGGGAGAUGGAGGAGAAGCUGAAACAUCUGAUGGAGGAGGAGGAGAAGUUGACUCAAGAGCUGGAGGAGAAGAAGAGAUUGUUGGCGCUCAGGAGGAGUCAGCCAGAGCUGCCUCAUCGAGCCUCCUCUCAGAGCAGUGACUCAGGCGAAGCUCCAGCUGCUGCCUCCUUCCAGAUAUAUGACGAGUCCCAGUCUGCUGCUGCACAGCCUUCUGGCAGAAACCUCCAACCGUCUACAGACGAGCUGCCAGACGAUGUUUUCCUGCAUCCUGAUGAGAGAGGACUCUGUCUGAAGAUCCAGCAUCCUCGACAGCCAGAUCGCCAGGGAGCGACCGGCGACGACACAAGUCCUCCGACCUUCUCCCAGAAACCAGUCUCCAUAACCAGAAAGAAGCUGAGUCCCAUUCAGGAGACCAGUGUAAUUGCCUCACAGGAAGGAGUGUCGACUGGAACCUGUAGUCCACUGGAGGAGCACCCAGAGGAGCAGGAGGAGAUGGAUCACACUGCAUCACCAGCUGCAGCUGCUGUUGAUCCCUGCCACCUGGAUGUUCGGCGACGGUUGUUGGACCUUAGUGAUGUCACUUCCUCUCCAAACCUGCACUCAGAGACCCGCCCCCUCCCUGCUGUGGAGGAGCACAACUGUGUGCAGCUGGGGGGCGAGGUGUAUUUCAUCGACUCCAGAGUUGUAGAUGGAGGCAGCUUCUCCAUCUUUAAGGGAGCCACAGAUGACAACGAUGUCCUCCUAAAGGUGGGCAGCUGCUCCAUUCCCUGGGAUUUUCAUCAGUUUACUCGCCUGAAGAAGAACUCAUCAGCUGCAGACGGUCUUCCCCUCGUCAGCUGUUUCCUGUUCCUAGACGGCUGCAUCACCGUCUACACGCCUCCACCUGAUCACAUGUUCACCGAGCUGACAGAUUGUGAUCCCAGUGAGCUGUCAGUCGGUUAUAAAGCCAUCAGCCUGCUGCAGCUGGUGUCACAGCUGCACUCCUGCAGGUUGCUGCAUGCAGCGUUGCAGCCAAGCCUCCUCACCUGCUGUCGCACAGGUAUCACGAUGUCUGACAGGGUUCUUCCAGUGGACUGGUCGUCCUCUGUAGACCUGGACCUCCAGCAGGAUGUCACAUCAGUUCACCAGCUCCCCUCAGCUCAGACCUACAUCAGUCUGGGCCUCCUGGAACCGACCUCCCCUCCACAGCUGGUGGACCUGAUGGGUGUGGCUGAAACUGUCCACCUCCUGCUGACCAACAGUAAGAUGGUCCCGGUGAAAGACGCGUGUGGCUGGACGGCUGAGCAGUUCAGUGGAGACGAAUCCUGUGACCGGUACACCAGGAUGUGGAGGAGGUUUUUCCGGUCGUUGCUGAACGCUGAGGGUCAGUCGUCACUGACUGUCCUGUCAGAGCUGAAGGAGCAGCUGUCCACACUUUUCCACUGAACCUUCAGGUGCUCACUCCGUCCACUUGUUUUUUGUGUGUUUUUAUAUCGGUGUUCUCAAUUGUUACUACAUUAAAUAAAGUAAACUUUUUAAUAUGA